AUGAGAAAAGGGCCUAUGAGGGAAGAACUGUUUGCUACAACCAGGGGGGGGAAGUGGAACAAGUUCUGGCCUGUGUGGUGUUCUCACAACACAGUUUCUAGACACAUUUGCUUGGUGACCUACAGACGCACAAAAAAAAUGGAGAGGACACAGAUAAAGAAAGUGCAAGAUAACAGGAAGACGGAGGAGGAUGUGGUGCGCCUUCGGAGGGAGAUUGGGCUGCUGCCUGCUGUGUCCUUCAUCAUUGGUACCGUGGUUGGCAGUGGGAUCUUUAUCGCUCCAAAGGGAGUGUUGAUGAACAGUGGCAGCGUGGGGCUGUCUCUGCUGGUCUGGGCCCUCUGUGGCAUCCUCUCCUUGUUUGGCGCCUUAUGUUAUGCUGAACUAGGAACCAGUUUCACAAAAUCCGGGGGUCAUUACACUUAUCUGCUAGAGACGCUGGGGCCCCUACCCGCAUUCCUACGACUCUGGGUUGAGUUCUUAUUUAUAAGGUUCUAUUAUUUUUCUUUCUUUUUUCUUUGGAAGUCUGAUCAAAUAAAAAUAAUAGAAUCCUAUUGGAAAGAGUUAAAGUGUAACUUUUCUUUUUUCAGACCAGCUGUGGCGUCCUAUGUCUCUCUGGCUUUUGGACGCUAUGUUGUUGAACCUUUCUUUGCGCCUUGUCCCGCCCCUAUGUCUCUAAUCAAACUCGUCAGUAUCCUCGGAGUGACAUUUGUUGUGGCAGUGAACUGUUGGAGCGUAAGCCUGGCCUCCCGCACGCAGGUUACCUUGACCUUUAUUAAGAUGUUUGCUUUGGUCCUCAUAAUUGUUCCUGGGGUCAUGGCACUGGCCAAAGGUAAAACAGAAAAUUUCCAGAAUGGAUUUGAGUUGGACUCCAUAACCCUGGACAGGCUGCCACUGGCCUUCUAUAACGGUUUAUAUGCAUAUGGUGGAUGGUUUUAUCUGAACUUCGUCACAGAAGAAGUAAUAAACCCAAAUAGAAACAUCCCUUUGGCAAUAAUCUGCUCCAUGGUGACAGUGACAGUGUUUUACGUGCUUGUGAAUGUGGCCUACUACACCAUGAUGACACCCGCUGAGCUGCUGCUGUCUGAUGCAGUGGCUGUGACAUUUGCAAACCGCGCUCUUCAAAGCGUUUCUUCUGUAAUUCCUGUUCUGGUUGCUUUGUCUUGCCUUGGAGCUCUUAAUGGCGGCUUCUUCGGGUCACCCAGGAUGUUAUUUGUUGGUGCCAGAGAGGGCCACUGGCCACCAAUCUUCUCAAUGAUACAUAUCCGACGACACACUCCUUUACCUGCUGUACUGUUCUUGUACCCAUUGGUGGUGGUGAUGUUAAUCACAGGGGAAAUCUACCAACUCAUCAACUUCGCAUCUUUUUCUCGCUGGUUCUUUAUCGCCUUGGCAACCUUGGGCAUGCUCAUCCAUCGAUACCGCUUCCCCCACCACCCAAGACCCUUCAAGGUCCCUUUGGCCAUAGCGGUCACCUUCACAGUGGUUUGUUUCUUCAUCGUGGGCCUCUCACUUUACUCGGACCCCUGGAACACAGGACGAAGCUGUGCCCUUACUCUAACAGGAGUGCCAGUUUACUAUGUGACUAUCCAUCGCUUCUGGGUGCCCCGUAGAUUAAGGAACAUUUUCAAUUAUUGCAGCAAGCAGCUUCAGAUUCUACUGGAAGUGGCUCAACAAGAAGUCCAGACAUACUGAAGAUUGUUUUCCACAGACGAUCCUCCUGUUUUUUAAUCUGUUUAGAGUUUGAACUAAAUAGUUUAAAACAUAAAAAAGUAUAUAUCUGAAUUGCAAGUAUAUGCAUUUAAAAAUUCAUUUGACAAGGAAUAAUAAUUCUUCUGACUUUUCAGUCCCUUUUAGCAAAGUAUAAACACAAAAAUCACUACAAACUGUAAAAGUUUUAAAAACUUAAUGAUAAUUUACCACUUAUUGAGGUUAGGGAACUUUUUCCAGGGUUCAGGAUUCAACAAGAGGUGUCAAGUAACUUAGUAUUACUACUCAGUUGUUGUACUAUUCCUGUAUGUUUUAAAUUGGGUAUUUUUCUUUGCUAUUUUUACACAAGUAUCGUAGUUUUUAAUCCUUACUUCCUCAAUGCUGACUUGUUAGCGCUAUAUAUGUAUUGAUAACAUGAUUUAGAAGGCUGCAACAAAACUGGUGGUGGGGUUAAAGGGCAAUGAGAGUUGGAGCCGUUUGUUUGUAGAACAUUGAUAGCUACAGUACAUGGAGGAAUGCUGGGAAAGAUUACAGAUGAUCAGAUUCUGAGACACAUUUCAUAUUUAUGCCUCCUUUAUUAGAUUGUAAAUAUACAUGUUGAUUAUCUUCCGAAUGCUUAUUUGCAACUUUAUCCCUCUGAAUACUAGACCCCUUUAAAUGUAUUUAGCUUCUUAUGCAGGAUUUCUGUUUAAUUCAGCUUGUAUUAUGUUAAUUUGGAGCAAAACUAGACGGAGUCGGUAUCGUUUUAUUUUCUCUAUGAACACAGUGAGGAAAAAAAACGGAACAUUAUUCAAAUGUUUGUUAAUAGAACUGUUUUCUAUUUGUG